CCUCCUCCGCUGCUGUCAAUGGCCUUCUUCCUUGCUGGUCGGCGGCAGACGCAGGGGCUGCCCAGGACCAAUCUGUUUCAGGUGCCCCAACGGACAGAGCUGCUGAGAUGGAACUCACACGCAGACCUCGCCCAAACCCACCCCUCACCAGCCACCAAAGACGGCCGGCCGUCAGUGCGCAGGGGCCCUGGCAACGGAGUGAGCACCCAGACGGCCCUGCUGAUGGCCGGCAUGAACAAACAGCACCGCCAACGGCUGACCAAGAAGAGGACAUUCCUUCUCUCUGAUGGGCGGAAGUCUGCUGAGGAUCUGGAGGCCGUGUUGAGGGACCACCACCAGAGAGAGGUUAGGGGCAGGACGGUGCGAGACAAAAAGAAGCGGGCCGGUGAUCAGGGGUUGGGCAAGAGAACCGACAAGGGGGAGGUGAGGCGAGUCGGCCACAAAAGGAGGCUGGAUGACUGUUAUCGAAAGCGGGACGAGCACCUGCAGCUGUUCGACGGUAUGCCGAUGCACCACAUGAUUGAGUCUCCCCUCACUUGUUUGCAAUGCAUGUUGUGUUGUUGUUUCAGAGACGCGUGUGUGCCUCCGCGAGUGGCGCGAUGAGAUCCGCUAUGAGCGUGCGGCGGCGCACCGGUUCAUGCGUGAGCUGCACGUGUGGCAGGGGAGGGCCUUUGAGUGGAUCAUCGACGACAGACAGCUCUCACAGGCGCUCGAGUCGCCGAGGGGCGAGCCCCUUGUCAGCCCCUACUUCGUGCUGCGGAAGGUGAGCAUCCCAACCAAGAAAAUCAAUUUCUUCUCCUCUGUCUGUGUGAUCUUUGUGUCUGUCCUGUUCCUUCCUUCAUUGCCUGCAGGCUCCUCGCCUGCCUCUCCGUCUGGUGUUCUUCCCUAAUGGCGACGUCGAGUCGGGCACCAACAAGGUGAGCAUCCACCCAUCCACGUGCAUCGGUCCUUUGGACACUCAGACAUGCAGAGAGGCUUUCUGCGACCAAUGUUUGUGUGCGCAGUGUGCCCUUUACGUCGAGUACACGCCUCGUCAGUGUCUGCUCCCUCAGUCCAUCCACUGCGACGGCAUCUACCUGCCCCUCGAAGACGCGCUUAUCUACCACUCCAUCUCAUGCAGAACGACACACAAGACCACUGACGAGUCAGGCAGCCCUGCGUGUGCAGGGCCUGCAGCUGCUGCUGGUGGUGUGUGUGAUGGUGGUUGGCCGUUGGUGGGUCCGCUGGAUUUGUGGGUGUGUGUGGGCGACGUGGUGAGGGGGCCGGUGAGCUUGUGUGGGGGUAUGCACUUCGACGGAUGGAUGGACUUCUGUAGCAAGAGAAGCGUCGUUCGAUUUGUGCAGGAGGCGGGAUAUCUCGCUAUCAGGUGUCAGGUGGAGUGACCGACCGAUUUCUUACCUAGCCGAUGGAUGGUGUCUGUCUGUCUGUCUCUUGCUCUGUUCUUGCUGGAAGCUCUAAUAGAUACAUGUACACAACACAUACAUACAUGUAUACUGAUUCACUCAUCGAGCGCCGCGCCAUCUGUGCGCUCUCUCUGUUGGUCUCAUUUCUCGCUGUGAGUGAGUAUACCCCCUACACACCGGUCAGUCAAUCGACACCUACUUCCUUCCAUGCAUCUGUCUGUGCGUGUCGGCUUCGUUCCGCUCGGUAAACUGCCUGUCAGGUCUCAUUGCACUGGUGCGAAUACAUAAACAUACAUAACAUACAGACAUACACGCAUACAUACAUGUGACACCCACUGGUCGGCCUUUUGCCUCUGGAAGACCUUGGGUGAACUAAAGACCUUGAAGGAAGAAGCUCAGUGUGUGCUCGUGAGUCCGCGUGGAUAUUGGUGUGAAGGCCGCCCGCCCGUCCGCCGUAUGUCAUAGAGUAUGACUCCCCCAUCCGCUCAUCCAUCCAUCCACGCCAGGUAGGUCACACACGGCACACACGUCACCACACC